AAACAUAAUAAUGUUUGAUUAUUGCACAACUGAUAAAGGGAAGCUUUAAGUAGCAGUUAAGUGACAGCUCAAUCCUGUGCAAUCACUUUAUUUCUUUAUGUAGGUGUUGGAUAACAGGAUGAGAUGGAACAAGUGGACUUUAAAUGCAUUAUGUCUCUUCAUCUUUAUGCUUGAAUUAUUUAGCUGUGGAUAGAUGUUAUGGACAAUUGCAGUUGGAGAAAAAAAGGAACCUUCUUUUGUUGGUCUAACAAAUUCUUUUUAUUUAAUAGAAGUGUCAAUAUUCACAUACUAGCUCAUUGGACACUAGAGUUAGAUCCUCAAAAAUAACCAAGAGGAAACUAUGGCUAGUUGGUCAGCUAAACAAAACAGAACCAAGUCUAAAAACAAGGAAAACAACUAAGCCUAUCUAAACAGCUUGUCCAUUUACCCACUAUAUGUAACUAUAUAACUAUGACUCUAAUGAUAGCUUUGCUAUCAUGUGCUUUCUGACUGACUCUCAACUUUUUUGAUCUAACCAGAGAUGAUAGCAGUGGCUACAAAUAGAAACCCCAUGAUAGCAUUCAUAGAUCUUCGAUUGUUCACCUUGACUGACAGCCACCCUACCUCAGCCUCCCAUGAUCCGAUCUGCCUAUUAAGUCCCAUACAAUGUAGUAGAAUCUUCCAGAUAUCCUGGGAAUAGAGCUAUCAAAGAACAUAUGAGCAUGAGUUUCCUCCCUGCAGAUGCACCAAGAACACAAUCGGACAAUCCAAAUGUGUUUAGUAACCUUUGGUUGUAACAAUCGAUCAUCGUAAUCUGUUGUGCUUAUGAAACUGUGUUUUUAGUGAAUUUAGUCAUAUUUGAAUAAUCCAGAUACGGCUUAACUCAUAUAGAGCUAAUCAGGCAACACGUAAAGGCUGUUUCACUACAUGACUUGUAUCUCCACUGCUAAAGCAAAAUCUCAUUCUUAUAUUACUUCAUAUUUCCGUUGAUCCUUUGGUGUGCUGCUUUAUUUGUGAACGCCACAAUUAUUUGCUAGUCAAUAAACUUAGGUAAGUUAGGUUUGAUUGGAUACCUUUUCAGAACAUAAUUUCAUUGGUUACAGGACACCUCAAGUAUAUUAUGAAGGAGAAAUUAUAAAAAAUUUGGACACCGAGUUGGCAAGAGCUACAAAACUCAAGUGUAGUAGUUGUGGCAUGAAGGGUGCAGCGCUUGGCUGCUACAUGACGUCUUGCAGGAGGAGUUAUCAUGUGCCCUGUGCAUUUGAAAUCCAGGAUUGCCAAUGGGAUAUGGAGAACUUUGUGAUGCUGUGCCCAGUUCAUAAAUCUGUUAAAUUUCCAAGUGAGAAGUCAAAGUCUAUAGAACAUAUCAGGAGGGAAAUGCAUCCAAAGGCUUCUCCCCUAACCACCGAGCAAUUGACUUUUUGGGCAAGAUCAUCAGAUGGACCAAAAGAAUGGGUUCUUUGUGGGUCUGCUCUAUCCUCAGAAGAUAAGUACAUGUUGGUGAAAUUUGAUGAUAUGUGUGGUGCAACUGCGUGCAAGUUCUGGAGACCAAAUGUCACACAUGUUGUUGCAACAACUGAUGUAAAGGGUGCAUGCACCAGAACAAUGAAAUUUCUCAUGGCGAUUUUGAGUGGAAAAUGGAUCCCAACUAUGGACUGGGUAAAAGCUUGUGUUGCAGCAAAUGGUCCAGUAAAUGAAGAACAUUAUGAAAUAAGUCUAGUCAAUUAUGGCCGUUCUGGGGGCCCCAAAGCUGGAAGGUUAAUGGCCUCAGCUAAUGGGCCAAAGCUUUUUGAUGGUUUCGAGUUUUAUUUUAUUGGAGAUUUUAUGCCAGAUUACAAAAGUGACCUGUUAGAUCUAGUCGAGAAGGCUGGAGGCACAGUCAUUCAGAGUGAGGAGCAGUUGGUGAAACAGAAUCAUGCUGCACAGGGAACUCAGCCAUCUUCUCUAGUCGUAUAUAACUGUGAUCUAUCGCAAGGUUGCUUUGAAGAAAAAAUCAGAAUUUUGCUGCAAAGACUAGCAGAAGCUGAGGAUCUAGCCGAGCAAAUCGGUUCUCAGACUGUUCAGCAUACUUGGAUUCUGGAAUCUAUUGCUGCAUGUAAAUUGGUACCUUUCUGCUAAUGAGUGAUCGCAACAAGUUUUUUGUGCAACUGAAAUACUUCCACUUAUGGCAGAAGAACAAAAGUAGUUGUACAUUUUCUGCACCUGGAAAAUAUAGUUGAAAAUCUUAAAUGCUAAAAUUUUGUGUAUAAAUGUGAAAGAGAUAUUACAACCUUGGUUUCAAGUUCUAACAAUUUAUUCAAAUUGGACUAAAAAAGAGAUAUUACAA